CGAGCGCGACACCACUGCUGCUCCUCUGCCUUCACCCGACCCGCCGCCUCCCACAUCCCCCACCGGCUGCCGCAUCCUCUGCCUUCUUGCAUGUGGCAUGGUGGAGCCCGAGCUCGCUGCUCCUCUGCCUUCUUGACUCGCCGCCUCAGUCGAGCAGAAGAGGAUGGGGACUAGGCAGAGGGACGAUCCGGAGGAGCAGAGCGGGCGAUCGAGAAGGGGCUUCUCUGGGGUUCGAUCUGGAGGAGGGGAGAUGCGGAGAUGGGGGGAUUCGGCUUUUUUCCCCUCUCUUUACUUUUCUGUCUAUUGUUCAUUGAUUGUUUCAAGGAUAUGCCCAAUUGGAACCAGCUUCUUGAUUUUUUUUUGUCCCUGCAAGUGCAAUGCAUCAAUUUAAUUACCCCCACCACCUUCAGUGGCAGGAUACCGCAAAUGUGAUCACAAAACCUACAAGGAGAUAUCCGCUGGCGUUAUGGAUCGCUAUAUUAGCCUUGAUCGCCCUUGUCGGUGUAUACAUAUUCUCCUUAUCUUUGAAGCAAAAUGGGAUGCUUUUUGGACUGAAGCAGACCAACAUGAUUGAAAAAGAAAGGGAGAAACCUUGUCAUCACCCAAGCAUUCCAGAGACUGAGAUCCCUUAUGUGCAUCAUCCUACACCAGAGACUUAUAGUAGAUAAUGGUCAAAGACUUGGACAUCUAAUUUUAAACUUUUGAGGUCUGGAAGUGGAUGGUUUGAAACUUUAUUGAAUAGGCAUGAGAAUAUUAGCUCCAAUGGAGAGAUUUUCUCUGUCAAAGAAAGGCGUAGUAAUAUCACAUCGAUCAUGAAAACACUGGAUAAAUUGUACAAUCUGGACUGGUUCAGUAGUGCUGCAAAAAAUGAAUGCACAGCUGCCGUAGGGUUGAAAUGGAUGCUCAAUCAGGGUCUAAUGAAACAUCAUCAAGAGAUAGUUGAAUACUUCAAUCGAAGGGGUGUGUCUGCAAUUUUCCUUUUAAGAAGAAAUCUUCUGCAGCGUUUUGUAUCUAUAUUGGCAAAUGAUCAUGAUAGAAACACCAAGCAACUAAAUGGAAGGCACAAAGCUCAUGUGCAUCACAGAGGCGAGGCUGAUGUUCUUGCUGAGUAUAAGCCAACAAUUAUCACAAAAUCGUUGAUUGCUGAACUAAAGAGGUCUGAUAAAUUGGCAGCUGAUGCUUUGGUGAAUUUCAAGACUAUUCUGAAUAUUGUUCUGUACUAUGAGGAUGUUGUCAGCAAUCGCAGUAAGCUCACAGAUGUCCUGGAUUUUCUGAAAUUACCAAAGAUAAAGCUGUCCAGUAGGCAUGUGAAAAUCCAUACUAAACGAGUACGUGAUCAUAUUAAUAAUUGGAUUGAUGUUUAUAAUACUUUGAAUGGGACUCAGUAUGAGAGCUUCUUGAACAGCCGGAGGUGACCAAACUAGCUAGUUAGUGUAAAUAAUGUGGUAGUGAGUUCUCCUUCUUUUGAGCCAUUUUUUCUCCUGCUAUUGCUAGCAGAGAAGGUAAAAGGUGACAGUUUUUGCCGUAAUGUGCUAAUCCAAAGGACUAAGUUAUUUUC